AUGGGCAGCGCCCACGGCAAGGAAGACGUCCAGAAAGUGGAAGUACCAGUCGAGAGGGUGGAGAGGAGAGCAAAGGAGGAGUUCGUUACCACCGACAACGAACGAAUUUUGCUGACUAAGCCUAUACAAACCAUGCCGCCACCACUUGCCUCAGUCCCUCAGACCCUUCGGGGUGGCACGUCUGCGAACGCCCCAUAA